GUUACACUUGGAUGGAGGAGCCGGAGAGCGAAGCGCCGGCGGUGGAAGAAUCCAAACCCAAGAAGGACGCCAAGCGGCCCUACAAGCGGAAACACGAGACCAAAAAGCUGGCUGAGAUACAGAACAAGCUGUACUCGCCGCGCUCGGACUACUCGCAAGUGGUGUACCCGGACGUGACGUACAAGCCGCGCGACAUCAUGGCCGAGAUGCACGUCAUGUACGAGUUCCUCACGCGCGGCGUCGACCGCGAGGACGUGGAGCACCUGCGCCGCGCCUACCACGCGCUCCUCGACCAGGACGCGGGCUACUGGCUCAACGACACGCACUGGGUCGAGCACCCGCCCACCGACCUCAGCUACACGCCGCCGCGCAAGAAGUCCAAGCGCCACAACAACAUCUACGAGGACCUGCAGGGCCACUCGAGCGGGUCAGCUCGAACGGAAGGCUACUACAAGAUGGACGCGCGGCUGAAGGCCAAGUACAAGUACCACCACGGGCGCGCCGCCGCGUCCGCCGCGCUGCACGCCGCGCCCGACGACAAGACGAAGAAGAUGCAGGGCCUCUCGCGCGAGGCGCGCUCCAACCAGCGGCGGCUGCUCACCGCCUUUGGUACAGAUACGGAUUCAGAUUUGCUGAAGUUCAAUCAACUGAAAUUCAGGAAAAAGCAGCUCAAGUUUGCCAAGUCUGGCAUCCACGACUGGGGUCUAUUCGCUCAGGAGCCGAUAGCGGCCGACGAGAUGGUGAUCGAGUACGUGGGCCAGAUGAUCCGGCCGAUCGUGGCGGACGUGCGCGAGGCGCACUACGAGGCCACCGGCAUCGGCAGCUCCUACCUGUUCCGCAUCGACCUCGACACCAUCAUCGACGCCACCAAGUGCGGCAACCUGGCGCGGUUCAUCAACCACAGCUGCAACCCAAACUGCUACGCGAAGAUAAUAACGAUAGAGUCUCAGAAGAAGAUCGUGAUAUACUCGAAGCAGCCGAUCGGAGUAGACGAGGAAAUUACGUACGACUACAAGUUCCCUCUAGAAGACGAGAAAAUCCCGUGUUUGUGCGGCGCUACGCAGUGCCGCGGCUUCCUCAACUAAACUUGAGAAUGGAGGGAGUAACACUCUGGCUAUCUCUUUGGCACUGGUGUUUGGGCAUGUUGCAUUAUUACACGACUUUAAGUCUGUCGGCUUAUGUCAAGACAAUUACGGUCCGGUUUUCAGACCGCUAAUUUCUAAAAAACAACACUAUGUAUAUUUUUAUGUUAUUUAUUACAGAUACAAAAUUUCUUUUUAAAUAUGUGUUUUUGAGAUUAUGAUUUUGACGACGAAACAUUUAUUUAUUGCAAGAAAUUUUAAAUUGCACUUUGCCACAUUACAAAAUAUUUGCCGAUUCAGCCAAAACCUACGCCUUCCAAUAGAUUAACAAUAACGCCCCAAUUCAGAUUGUCUUUUUGUAAUAGUUAAGGAUAUAAAUGAUUCAUGAGAUCAUCGACGCGAUCCUUGUCAUUGUACUCGUACAUACUAAGCACUUUGAAUUUAAGCACUUAGGCUUAAUUUCAACAAUAAAUAAAUAUUCAUUCAUAUUUUUACAAGUCCCAUAAUCCCGUGUGUUUAUUGGUAAACGUAUUAUCAAUAAAUAACUAAGACCGAACGAACCGUGCGGUAUUGUUGGUUGUGGAUUACUGCCGCUGGAGGAAUGAUCUCUAGUUAUUGUCUUUAUCACAAUGAUCGUAGGGUCUAAAGUUGUAUAAUAUAAUCGGUUAGUCAAUACAUCCAAGUUUUACUCACUGACAUAUUUGAAUAAGUGAAAUAGUAAAGGAGGGGGAGCAACAGCCAGAUUUUGUAGUCACUAAAAUAGGUUUAAUCCUCAGAAAAUAUGCACAAGUUUUCAUUCAUAAAAUAUUAAGUCUCAUUUUUUUCUGCUCCUGUCUUACUGUCUGUGGCUAUCUUUGUUCAUUGAUGAUGAAUUUUUAUCACUAUUAUCAAGCUAUUAUUCACAUUAUUUUGAAAAUACUUGUUUACUUACUCAAAGAAAUGAAUUUAAUUAUGUUUGUUGUAUGAUACGAGUGUAUCACAAGGCAUUUGGUUAUUUUGUAGAUAUUUAUAGCACCUCGGGGACAUUGUCUUAAUAAAUGAAUUUCAGUAGCGGCAACAUGAUAAUGCAUAGUAGUUAAUCAUCUGCGUAAUAAUAAUAACUAUAGUAAUACGAUUUCAUCGAUUGAUUAACCGGACUCUACCUCAAGCGCCGAUUAAUGUUUACUUCCCAGGGAAUAAGCUAUUUGUCUAUCUCAAGUGAACCUACUCUGUCAACGACAAUUUGCGAAUACGCAUUAUGCCGACGCAGUGGCAGCUAGUUUCAGUGUGCCGCUGCCCGGCGAUAGAAUAAUCAUUUUAUAUAGAGACUAAAACGUGUGUGAUGUAUGAAUCUGAAGUGUGUACCUCUUGUAUUUAAUGUGAAAGCCCAGUGCAACUUGUGUAUGUAAAAGAUAAAUUAUCUACAACCCUUGUAUUAUAACUAUUUCGACUGAGUCUAAAAUAUAAUUUGAUAGGCAUAGUUGUCGGAAGUAACAUGCUUUGUAAUUAUUUUGUGUUGUAUAUUGUUUGUGAAUAAAGAUCUCUGCUGUUAUAUCAGAUUUAUGUAGUACACUUUUCAAGUACACGACUAUGAUGAGGUUUGGUUUGCUGAAUGAUUUGUAUUGUGUCACUAAGUUUUCGUUUGUUAUUGAAACGGUUGCUGUUGAAACCCUCGCUGGUGAUAACCGUUAUUUUAAGAGGGUACUGAAAUUGUAAUUAAAUUCAUAAGCUCGCGACCUUUUAAUCGCACUUCAUAUAUGUAAUGUAAAAUGUAUAAGAUUGUAAAUAAAAGAUUCCAACAAUUUUAAA